AUCCGGGUUAUCAAGCCCCGCCUUCUCUGUGUCACGAGUAAUGAUUGUUGCCAUUCUAUGCGCUUAUAAUUUCUGAGAGGAGAGGAGCUCUUUACCGCAUCAGUACAUCACAGACAUGUCUUACGGAAUGAUGGACAGCUGUCACUCACAGCCGAGAGAUUUCAACAACCUCACGCAGACAUGCAGCUCAAACAUCCAGAAAAUCACACAAAACACUGGCCAAAUUAAAAGCAUGUUGUUCCAACUGGGUACCAGACCUGAUACACCAGAGCUUCAGGACAGACUACAGCAGAUGCAGCAUUACACAAACCAGUUGGCAAAAGAGACCAACAGACACCUGAAAGACCUGGGCUCUUUACCUCAGCCGCAGUCCCCUUCAGAACAGCGGCAGCAGAGAAUUCAGAAAGACCGUCUGAUGCACAACUUCUCAGCCGCCCUCAACAACUUCCAAGUGGUCCAGCGUCGAGCAGCAGAGAGGGAGCGUGAGUCCGUGGCACGGGCACGAGGGGGCUCUAGAUUUUUGGUUGAUGAGAGCAAUCAAGAUGAACAGCUCGUGACAUUUGAAAAAAAUGAAGGGUGGAGAAUACAGACAGAGGAGGAGCCAUUCACAGAAGAAGACCUGGAUCUUAUUAAAGAGAGAGAGACCAACAUCCGUCAGCUGGAGUCAGAUAUUAUGGACGUGAACCAGAUCUUCAAGGACCUGGCGGUAAUGAUCCAUGACCAAGGUGACAUGAUAGACAGCAUUGAAGCAAAUGUGGAGAGUGCUGAGGUGCAUGUGGAGAGAGGAGCUGAACAACUCCACCAGGCGGCGUACCAUCAGAGGAAGUCCCGCAAGAGGAUGUGUAUUCUGGCUCUUGUCCUGUCGCUAAUGGUGACCAUCUUUGCUAUAAUUAUUUGGCAAGCAAUCAGAUAAGCUGAAGAGAGAAGAAUCUGUAUGCUCAGUGUUAAGUGAACAAUUACAGAUUGUGUGUGCAUGUGUGUGUUGGUACAUACUGUAUAGCUAUGAAAAAAUGACUUUAAAUUCUCCAUGAACAGCUCCUAAAAUAUGAUCUCAAUUUUACCCAAGACAUAAAAAAUAUAGUCUUACAGUAUUUAACAGUGAAAACACACAACAUUUUCCAUUGCUGCUUACCUUCUCUUUCUUACCACUCCUUGUAAGUGUCUUUACGCUUGUGUCAGUUCACCCCGAUUCUGAAAAUAUUUUCUUUUAGACAUUUUUGAUUCAGUUUUCUGUUUAAGUUGUAGCUAAAAAAAACAUUAUGUAUUUGGUCAUUGUCAGGAGCACAAUCCCAUUGAAAUUCUAUAGUGUGAUCUAAUUAAGACCAUCCCAAAAAUAUGCAAAAACUGGAAAAGUUUAUCUACAGGAACAAUCCAAAAUAUCUCCCAAUUACUGUACAGCUACAACCCAAGUGUUUUGUUAAAGAUGUUGCUUAUAAAGCAUGUUUAGCCCGUUACUAAAUAUAUAGUGAUGAUAUUAAAAAAAAAUCCACAUCUUGUUUUUUCACAAAGUAGUCAAAAAUAAUCACAAAGAAUGAAAGAACAAUGAUUGUUCGAACCAUUUGGCACUUAAGAUUGUGUGUUUUUGUUUGAAAAAAUGGAUCAGAACCCACUUCAGGAGCUAUUCAUGCAGAAAUAGAGAUCAUUUUAUAAUGUGUUCAAUGUUUUCACCAAAUCUGCACAUAAAAUGAAUAUUGCUGCUGAGAGCAGAGAACAGUUUACUUCCUUGAAAUGUUUGUCCAUGAACUAUCCUGGCUGGAACAUAAAAAAGCAUGUUACCAAACACUUGCAUGAAUGUAUUUCCUUAUACAAUUUGUAUUUUGUUGCUGCAGGUCAAGAUCAUCUUUUUAACUAAUUAUGCAAAAAGCCAUUUAUUUUUUUUAAAGUCAAAGAAACUUAAAUAUUGCACAGUGUUUUGAUUCGCACAUGAAAAUUAUAUGUCUAAGUGGUACUUUAUAUUUUAAGUUUUAAUACAUUGUUUUAUUGCUCAUUAUCUUCAGAUUUAUUUCAACUGAUCAGUGAGAAAUUAUUGUUUAUGCUCUUGCUUAACACAUUCCAUGGAAUCUUUAAAAAAGCAGAAACAAAAUAAAUGUACUGUCUAA